AUGAGAGCCCCAGGCAGUUCCCCUGAUUUGAGGAUGGUCCUGGUUGGGAAGAUUGGAGUUGGGAAAAGUGCCUCAGGAAACACCAUCCUGGGCAAAAAGGUGUUUACAUCACAAGCCAGUGACACCUCAGUUACAAAUGUAUGUGAGAAGGGAGAAGGAGAGGUUUCCGGGAGACGUGUUGUUGUGGUCGACACUCCAGCCUUUGGCACAGACCUCUCUCUGGAUGAAGUCACUGAAGAAAAAUGCAUUGCUCUGUCUGCCCCGGGACCCCACGCUAUUCUCCUGGUGAUUGAGAUGGGCCGAUUCACAGGUGAAGACAAGAGAACAGUGGAGACAAUCCUGAGGAGAUACGGAGAGGAAGCUGAGAGAUACACGAUGGUCCUUUUCACCAACUGGGACAAACUAGGAGAGAAGAAAAUUAAGGAGUUCAUUCAGGGAGCCAGCAAGGAGCUCCGGGAGCUUGUUGAGAAGUGUGGGGGCCAUUAUCACGCCUUCAACAACAAGGAAGAGAGUGAUUGCACCCAGGUUUCUGAGCUACUGGAAAAAAUAGACAGGAUGGUGGAAGGUAACAGGGGAAGCCACUACACCAGUGAGAUGAUCAGACAGGUGAAAAAAAUGAGGAAGAGCAAAGAGCUCAUUUGUGAAGAAAUGGACGUUGAAGAGCAAGCCAAUGAUAAGCCAAGCAAGUCUGAUUCUUUAUCUAGAUCCACACCUCUGGCAUCGAACAUGAGAGACAACACAGAGUUGAGGAUUGUGCUGCUUGGGAAGACUGGAGUUGGGAAGAGUGCAGCAGGAAACACCAUCCUGGGAAGAAGGGAGUUUGAUUCAAAACUCAGCGCCACUUCCAUAACUAAUAAGUGUAAGAAGGGCACGGCAGAAGUUUCUGGGAGACACAUAGCUGUGAUUGACACUCCCGGUCUGUUUGACACAGAGCUCACUGCUGAUCAGAUUAAACAGGAGAUUGAGAAAUGUAUCUCUCUGUCUGCCCCGGGACCCCACGCUUUGCUGUUGGUUCUACAGGUGGGCCAAUACACACAGAGAGAGAGGGAAGCAGUGAAGAUUAUUUUGGGUGAGCGUGCUGCCAGAUACAUGAUGGUUCUUUUCACCCAUGAAGACAGUCUGGAAGAUGGCAUGACAAUUGAGAAAUACAUUGAGGGAGUCAAAGGGGAUCUCCAGCAGCUUAUUGAUGAAUGUGGGGGCAGGUAUCAUGUCUUUAACAAUAAAGACAAGAGCAAUACAGCUCAAGCUAUUGAACUGGUCAAGGAAAUAGAGGCGAUGGUGGAACGUAAUUGUGGGAGGUUUUACACCAUGGAGAUGUACAAUAAGGCAGCUGCAUCCACCAGUCAAAAUGUAGAAAUGGAGAAGGGAAAAGUGAGGAAGGAAAGGCCACCGCAUAAGACUGUGCAGAGCUCCAGAGAUGGGUGUAAUUUGAUGUAAUCUGUUUAACAUAUCUGACGUGUUUAUUGAAUGUCCUCUGCAUAAUUAUUUUCUUUACCAAUAUGUGCUUGAUUUUGUUUUCUUUUUAUUUGAAACAGCCAAUGAUUAAUAACCAAUGCUUAACAUUGUAUUUAGCUCUAUAAAUCAGUAUGAAUUUCCUUUCAGUACACCUUAUAUUGCCUUGCAUAAAAAAGCUAAAUA